UGCCUCCGGGGGUGUGGCGGGGGUGAAGAAACGCUGGAGCUCUUUGUCGGAAAGUUAGGCGCACCGCGCUUCCUGCUCAUUAAAUGCCGCGCUGCUAGCAUGGGGAUGCCGGCAACACGGGACGCGAACCCGCGGGGCGGUGCAGCCGCUCUCGGGCUAGAGGUCCCGAGCGCGCACGCGCAGUGGCUCGCCGGCCACGCCGCGGUUGUUGUGGGUCGGUGGGCGGGGCGGCCCCGAGGUCUCCUGCGGGGCUCACCCUUCCUCGGCGCCCGGCGGCCGCGGCUGCCCAGCGGGCGCCAGCCGUUGCUUCCCCAGGUCGCUGUCCCCUGGGCUCCGGCCGGUGGUCGGCAUGGCCCGUGGAAAUCAAAGAGAACUUGCCCGCCAGAAAAACAUGAAAAAGACCCAGGAAAUUAGCAAAGGAAAAAGGAAAGAGGAUAGCUUGACUACCUCUCAGAGAAAGCAGAGGGACUCAGAGAUCAUGCAACAAAAGCAGAAGGUAGCCAAUGAGAAGAAAUCUAUGCAGAUAAGAGAAAAAUGAUGACUAGCUUUUUGAAAAACCUGGUGCUGUCGCCAGUGGGAUGCAUCAUAAGCUCUAAGAUCAAAAUGUCUCGGUGACUAUUACCUGAGUUAUAACUUACCCUUAUAAAACUGUCCAUUUUAAACUGUACUUUUCAGCCUUACUAAUGUUAUGUUUUAAGACCAUCUUCAAAAGAAUAAAGUACUGACCAUGCAUGUAA